AUGAAUCCCGAGCAGUUCCCCAACCCGGGCGCGGGGCCUGGCCGGCCAGCCCCGACCGCAGCGAUGAGAAUGAAGGCCAACAUGCAGAUUCCCAAGGGCGACAACCCGCAGUCUAUGAUGGCGUACGUUGCGCAAAUGUUGCAGAGUCAGGGACCGUAUGGAGGAUGGAAAGCCGACGUCCCAAUCAAAGCUCGCGCCGCCAAUGUUUAUCAGAUGAUCACCUCACUCCGUUUGAUCCAACCUCGUAUCGACCUACACCAAGCGGCCCAGGCGGCCAUGACCUUUGAGCUGAAAGCGUUCACCAAAGCCAACGAAAAAAUGGAAUAUGACAAGGAAUGCAAGGAAAAGCUCCUGCACAUCAGAAGUACUCGAGAGCGACAGGCCGCAGUUGCUUACCAGAGUGGAAUGAUUCCUCAAACAGGCGCCGGACAAAACCAGAUGACCGGCGCUUUUCCGCAGCACCCAGGCAUGCAAGCCUCCCCGAUUCCUGGUCAACCGCAGAUGGGAAUGGGGAUGAAUGGACAAAAUCAGCAGGUGGCUAUGCAUCAACAACAGCAGCGCCAACAACAGCAGUCGCAGGCAAUGCUCCAGCAGCAGCAGCAGCAGCAGCAGCGGGCCCAACAGCGCCCCGGAAACGGAAUCCCCAUGGUCGACGAACUCAGCACCCUUUCAGCUCAAGAUCUCGACCACGUUUCUCGAUUGGCAAACGAGAUGUUGAACAAGACGAGCCCAGAGGAUAUGGAAAAGAUCAAAAUGAACUUGUCCAACAUGACUCCUGAGCAACGCCAAUACCUGGCACGAAAAAACCUGGAGCCCAUGACCUAUUUCUUUCGCUCCCAGGCACUCAAUCAGAUCAGACGUCAUCGUCGCACUCGACUAGAGAUGGGGGGACGUGCGCCAAGUGCUGGUGUGGAUGCAAGUGGCAACAUGAUGGGUGACCAGAUGAUGAACAACCCACAUCAACGCCAAAUGCUCCAAAAUAUGUUGAAUCUCCAACGAAAUUCUGCGUUCCCGGGAAACCCUGGUCAGACGAUGGAGCCUCCGAACUUCAUGGGCAAUGUAGAGAACAUCCAGGGCCAGCAAGCUGAUGGCCUGCGUUCCCAGGAAGCUGGUCAGCUAGUCGUUCCUGCGAGCUCUACGCAAAUAAAUCAGGCUCCGUUCCCUAACAACAACAUGUACCCGCAGCAGAUGGGUCAGAACACCCAGGCGAACAUGAAUGGCAACAAUCCCAACGCUCAGGCCCAGUUUCUUGCUCAACAACAUCUGCAGGGUGGGUCCAACACACCCCAGAAUCAAAUGCAGUUCCAGGCGCAACAGGCACAGGCCCAGGCUCAGGCCCAGGCCCAGGCGCGUGCACAGGCAGCUCAGAAGGCUCAGAUGGCUAUCUCUGGCCAUGGUGGACAAGGGAACCCCCAAGCGCAGUCCCAGAUGAAUGGGCAGAGCCCAGCCAUGACGAUGCUGAAUCAACCCAUGGCCCCAGCUCAGAUGUCACCGGUACAGGUACCCGCCCAGGCCCGACCACCGUCCCGAUCCGCGAACAUGGGCCAGCAUCCAACCGGGGUUGCAGGACAGGCUGCGAUGCAAGGUCGGCCACCAAUGCCGAACAACAUCCCACCACACAUCCAAGAGCAACUUUCCCGCAUGACCCAGGAGCAAGCUCAAGCUUUCAUGAUGCAACAUCGUCGUGCUGCUCUCAACAACAUGGCUCGAGCUACUCCAGGUCCGCAGCCUCAACCAGGUCAAGCCCCGUCGAUGCUCAAUAAUCAGAUGGGCAAUGCCAUGAUGAGGGGCCCAAUGGGAGGUGUCCCACAGGAUCUGAACCCGGCAGGACUACCCCAAGGCCAGCAGCAAAUGACCCCUCAGCAACGUCAACAGCGCCAGAAUGAAGCUUACAAGCUCCAAAUGCUGCGCCAACAAAACAACGGCGUGGAGAUGACUCCGGAGCAAAGCAAGCAAAUGGACCGCGUCACUUUCCCUCCAUCCCUCCUGAACAUGAACGGCACCUCAAUGCAGGUCCCUAAUCACGUCAAGUCUUGGGGUCAACUCAAGCAAUGGGCUAUCUCGAACCCUCAAAUUGCAAGCCCCAACGACCUUCCGCGUCUUAUGAUGCUCCAAAAGCUCCAUCUAGGCCAGCUCAUCGCAAACUCUGGUGGUCAAGUCAGAGAUCAGAAUGGGCAGGGUCCAGCGGCAACCCCCUUUCAAAGUACCCAGAUUCCGUUUGCGAAUGCGCCAGGCUUCCCUCCUGGUCAGCAACCCGCCCCUUUCAAUAUGCCAGCCAUACGACCAAUAUCCGCUCAAGAGAUCCAAAUGGCUCGUCAGAAGCUGGGGCAGCAGGCGUCAAGUCUCACCGACGAACAGAUUCGCGAACUCUUGUAUCGUAAUCGUCAGAAGCAUAUGAUGCAGGCCGCCCAGAACCGAGCAAUGCAACAGGAGGCAAACGCGCAGCCUGGUCAACUCGGUCACCCAAUGGCGCAACCUGUGAUUCCUGCAGCACAGCCUGUUCAGCAAGCCAAGCCGCAACCUUCCCUCCAACAGCCGCAGUCGACACCCCAACCAGCGAAUACCAAGAUGCAGGCUGGCACCGCAGCCAAGGGUGGUAGAGCUGCGACCGGGAAGCAGCCCUCGAAGAAAAAGGCGACUACCGAUGAUACAGAAGCUCCGGCCAUGGCUACUCCCCAGAUGAAUCACCCAGCAGCUGUUCCAGGGGCCCCCGGAAGUACGCCUCAACGGCCUAGUCUACCUUUCAGUCAGGAACAGCUUGCACAAAUGACCCCUCAGCAACGAGCCCAGGUUGAGAUGAGCAUGCGGAGGCAGCAGCAAGGUCGAAAUCCGGUUCCCAGUAGAGCAGCCGCUGAGGAGGCCUGGAACAGGAACCUGCCGCCUCAGGUUAUGGAGGUUUACAACGAAAUUGCCAACAACAUGCCACCCGCAAUGCCUGUGCCCCUUUCACCGGAGCAGAAGGCUACUAUGACCAAGCAACUGCGCGAAGCCGUGGAGCUCCUGGGUCGCUUGGAUGUUUUAGUACAAUGGUACUCAAAGCUGUCCGGCCAGGAGCCCAAUGUGAAGAGUCUCCUCAACAUGCGUAUCCAAUUGAUGAGACAAUUCAAGCCCACGCAGGACUGGGUUGUCAAUGAACACCUCACGUUGAAACCUGAGUUCGUUCAGGGUGCCAUCCUUUUCAUACGGAAGUUGUUCACGGUGAUGAUCUCUCGCAUGCGCCCUAAUGCCGCGCAGCCUCCUGGUUCCACAGCCCCGGCGCAAGGUAACAUGCCAGUGUUGAAUGCGACGAACUUGCAGCAAUUGCAGGCUCAGGAAGAAGCCCUUCAGAGGGCCCGGCGCGCCUCUAGUCAAUCCGCAAACCCUCCUGCUGCACCUUUUGCAGCACCAUCGCCAAGAGGUGUCCCUCAGUAUGCUUCGGGGGGACUUGCUCCCGAAAACCUCAAGCUGCCUCCUCCGAAGAAGCGAAAGCAGUCCCAUGCCGUGGCAUCGUCACCGGUUCAACCCACCGCAACUCCUGGCGGUGCAGCGGCGAAAUACAACAAAGCGGUGGCAGAUGCUACCUCUAGUGCCGCGGCUAUGGCGGGUGCUUUCAAAUGCACUGUGGUUGAGUGCCAGAGCCAUUACCAGGGAUUCCCCACACAAGCUGCUCUAGACAAGCACGUUGAGGAAAGCCACCAACCAGAGGAGCAAGAUAUCUUCGACGAUUACAUCAACUAUUACCAUGAAAGUCUCUCAAUCGGUCUGGGUCUCAAUCCCAACGAAAGUUCGGAAGCCCAACCGACAUCUACGCUUCCACCAGCACCAUCCUCGACAAAGCCUGGUGCAGCACCAUCACCUGCCAAGCAGGGUACGGCCACUCCUCUCAACGCAGUCAAGACUGCCUCUCCGGCACCCGCUCAGCUGCUCACUCCGCAGACGUCAUCGGUCAAGGGAGUGAAGCGUGCUGCUGACACGGAUGAAAGGAAGGAUUCUAGCGGCAAACCGGAGGAGACAGAGGCGAAAGACGCCUGGGCGAAGUGUCCCACCUCGCUGAACAACAUCCACGAUACCUUCGCAGCAGCUCUGGCCUGCACAGAUCUACCUCCGCUGGCUUAUGACUCGGUCGAGGAGUUUACAAAAAAUUCCACCCCAGUCGAUGAGUGGCUUGCCCUGGCUAGCCUGACUCCCCCUAACGAGGCCGAGGAGGCGGCUUUCCUGGAGAAAUUCUAUGAGCCUUGGGACGACGAGUCCAUUGCCUUGGCUGCGAAACGGAUGGCUAUCCCACCUGAGAUUCAGGUCAAGGGUAAGGGCCCUUUGGGUCAGCUUGAGGUUGACUGGGAUGCGGUUGAGCGUCUCAAGAAGGAAGGGAUCAAGAUCAGCAUGCCAACACCUGAAUGA